AUGACUACUGAAGCUGCUCCCAACUUGUACAGCGUCGAAGGCGUUCAAGCUAAAGUCCGUGAAGGCAUCUCGCGUCUUGACACACAGCUCAGUCAAUACAAGUAUUGCAAUGAUGUCGAGCGCAUUACUGGUGUCCCCAAGUCCUAUGUCAUUCUUGGCGCUGGUGCCCUCUUCUUUAUCAUGAUUUUCUUCAACAUUGCUGGCCAACUUUUGACCAACACUGUCUCAUGGGUCUAUCCAGCCUACGCGUCUUUCAAGGCCAUCGAAUCUCCACAAACUUCUGAUGAUAAGCAAUGGCUCACUUAUUGGACCGUUAUUGGCUUUGUACAACUCCUUGAAUUCUUUGGUGAUAUCCUCUUCUCUUUCAUUCCCUUCUAUUUCGUCCUCAAGACUGCUUUCAUUCUUUGGCUCACUUUGCCUCAGUUCCGCGGUGCUGAGGUCCUUUACACCCGUGUUCUUCGUCCCUACCUCUUGAAUGCUCAAAGCGAUAUCGAUAAGCAUGCCGAGCAGUUGCGCCAAAAGGUCAGCGAUGUUGCAUCCGACUUGACCAAGAAGGAUUAG